CCCUCUCCCUCUAGGAACCAAACUCCUUCCCCUUCACUCUUCCUUGCCUGUCUGGGAGAGGAGAGCUUGUCCUUUUGGCCUCUUCCUCCUCCACCACCUCCUUGCAGCCUUUUCCUUCUCUUCCUCCUUCCUCUCCUCCUGAGGAAAUGUGAUUUUUCACUGAGAAUUUUGGAGUAGAGCUGGUUCAGUUGAGAAGGGAGAAAAAGCAUCUUGGGUAUGUUUGGUUCUUUAACAGAGUGGUUCUAACAUGGAGAGACCCAACUCACCUGGACUUGAAGCAGAACUUAGGAGCGGUGGGGAAUCCUGGGAAGGAACUACACAGACAUUACUGAAUGUGCAUAUACAGCACCAGCGCUUCAAGCAGUGCUCCUUCCGAGAGGGCGAGGGACCCAGAGAGGUUUGCAGCCGCCUCCACUCUCUCUGCCGCCAGUGGCUGAAGCCAGAGCAACACACCAAGGCGGAGAUGCUGGACCUGGUGAUCCUGGAGCAGUUCCUGAGCAUCCUGCCCCCAGAGAUGGGGAGCUGGGUCCGAGAGUGUGGGGCAGAGACCUCUUCCCAGGCGGUGGCCCUGGCGGAAGGCUUCCUCCUGAGUCGGGCAGAGGACGAGAAGCAGGAAGGACAGGCCCAAAAUAACUGCAUUGAAGUCCAGCCUGAUUUCUCUGAAUCAGAUAAAUCUCCAUUAGACACCACUCAGAAUCUCCAGCAGAAGGAGCUCAAACAGGAAGGAGAAGAGGCUACAGCCUUGGAAGGGGCUGGAAUGAUGUUGUUGCUGAAUCCCCAGUCGAUUCUUCCCUUUUGUGAUGGAGUGGAACUGAAUCAGGGCCCAAUCACCUUUGAGGACGUGGCUGUCCAUUUCACCCUGGAGGAGUGGGCUCUCCUGAAUCCGAGUCAGAAAGCCUUGUACGUGCAGAUCAUGGAGGAGAUUCAUGGGAUUGUUCGCUCUAUUGGUAAGGCUCCCUCACUGAUGGGGAUUUCUAUUUCAAAACGCAGGAUCCCAGUCAGCAGCUCUCUAGUGGGAGCAGGAUCCUAAAUAAUCUCAAUCACUGAGAUUUAUCAACACAGGGUUUGUGUUAGAAAUAUAAGACAUUAAGUGUAACAUUGACUUGAUGCCUGAGUGUGGUGUGAUGUGGAUGUCACUAUAUCUGGC